CAUAAGACAAAAAAAAAAACAGAAAGCAGAGAAGGUACACUUCCUCCAGCGUCCGGGUUCUGCAAGUACAUCAAUAUAUAUAGUACAACUGUUUGGAAAAGCAAUCUUUCUUUUCCUUGUGUUCUAGCAUUUUUCUGACUACCAAUACCCGACAGCCAGUACCUUGUUUUGGGGGAAGAAAUGAUGACUACUACGACAACUAAUUUUUUUUCAACCGAUGAGUAUUAUGACGAUGGAACCACGCCUGAGGACAUCCCAAGUGGCAUGUGUGACAAGAGUCGCGUCAGGGCAUUCCGUGGAUACUACGAACCCCCACUGUACUGGAUCAUUUGUCUGCUUGGAGCCGUGGGCAACCUGCUGGUUGUUGCUAUAUAUGUCCACAUAAAGCACAGACUGAGGACAAUGACAGACAUGUAUCUGUUGAACCUGGCCAUUGCUGAUCUGUUUUUCCUGUUCACCCUGCCCUUUUGGGCAUCAGAAGCCACCAGUGGUUGGAGCUUUGGGACUGUGAUGUGUAAACUUGUGUCCGGCAUGUACAAAAUUAACUUCUUCAGCAGCAUGCUCUUGCUGACUUGUAUCAGUGUUGACAGGUACAUUGCUAUUGUCCGAGCUGCAAAGUCACAGAACUUCAAAUUCAAGCAAUUCUGUUACAGCAAGUUGGUGUGUGUUGGUGUUUGGCUGUGCGCUAUAGCCCUUUCAUUGCCAGAGUUGAUUUUUGCCCAAGACAAAAAAGACUACGAUGGCAAAGAAUCUUUCUGUAAAAUGGUCUAUCCAAGCGUUGAUAACAAUUCCACCAAAAUACUUGUCCUUGCCAUCCAAAUCAGUGUAGGCUUUUGUAUUCCUGUUGCUGUCAUGCUGUUCUGCUACUCUGUGAUUGUGCAGACCCUUCUGCAAGCUAAAAAUUUUGAAAAACACAAAGCGCUGAGAGUCAUAUUGGCAAUUGUAGCUGUCUUUAUUCUUUCCCAGCUUCCCUACAAUGGUGCUUUGGUAGUUAAGGCCAUAGACGCUACCAAUGUCACCAUCACUGACUGUGACCUCUCCAUGAAGUUUGACAUUGCACAUCAAAUAAUGCAGAGCUUGGCAUACAUGCACAGCUGUUUGAAUCCAAUCUUGUAUGCCUUCAUUGGUGUGCGAUUCAGACAUGAUCUGGUAAGAAUCUUUAGGUUAAUGGGCUGCGUAAGUCAGAACACAAUGUACAAAUGGUCCUCCAGUUCCAAACGUACAGUGUCAGAGACUGAGCUUUCAGGUCCAUUAUCAUUAUAGUUUCCCCACUCAAAGUUUAUCUGGAAUAUUAUGGUGUCUGUCCUGACACACGCUGUUGUCCUGAAAGAGCUAGAAAUGUAAAGCUCUCACCAGGAGCUGCAAUGUUUCACUGGUCUGAGUCAAGCACGUCCAGGCUGAGAUACAAAAAAAGAUGAGGUCAUUUGUAUAUGAGACUUUUAUGCAUUGCUUCUGGGUGAACUUUCCUGAAUUUUAGGUGUCUGGAAUAACUUGUCAGAAAGCAUAAAACAGGUGUCAAAGGACCACAGUCCUGUAAGGGUUAAUUCAGUAUGAAAUCAACUAAUUUAACUACUAUCAACUAUUGCUGUUUAGAUGGCUGCUUAUAAGAAUUAAGAAGUCACUGCAGCAGCUCUUUAUAGCCUGAUCAAUACUUUACUUGAAUCAAAUACAAGUGAAUACAAUGAAUCAAAAGUGGGUGUGAAUGCUCACAUGUAAUUAUUAUAUCAUGUAUAGGCUAUUGAAAGAUAUACAAGUUUAAAAGAUCAUACUUUUUAGGAGUGGGUAACAAUAUUUCUAGAGGUAUUGAAUAGCUGUUUAAACAGAACAGUUUAAAAAGAACAGCAUUAAUUCAAUGUUAUAAGCAUGAACCUACUGAUGUUAAAGGAUGCAUUUUUUUUUUUGGUAUUAUUAUGACUUUGUAACUGCUCUGUCUGGUCUUUCCAUUGCCUUGAUCUAACAAUUAUUUAAUGUAUGAUUUCCUUCUACAGUAUGUACUGUACAGUAUAGGUACCCAGGACUUUGAAUUAUGUGAAUAGUAUUUCUCUUCAUUAGUCUGAAAUUUGUAUAUAACACCAUUUAAAAGACUGCUUCUUCAUAAUUAAAAACAUGAAUAUUUUUACAUA